CUGCAACGCUGACUGGCGCGAAACCAUGACCGACUCCACGGGACAGCGCGCUCGCCUCCGGCGCUACCCCGCGCUCCCGGUGUGGGUGGUGGAGGAUCAUCAGGAGGUUCUUCCUUUUAUAUACCGGGCCAUAGGCGCAAAGCAUCUUCCUGCCAGUAAUAUAAGUUUUUUACAUUUUGACUCACAUCCAGACCUCCUUAUUCCUGUGAAUAUGCCAGCAGACACCGUGUUUGAUAAGGAAACACUCUUUGGAGAAUUAAGUAUUGAAAAUUGGAUUAUGCCUGCAGUUUAUGCUGGCCAUUUUUCUCAUGUGAUAUGGCUUCAUCCCACAUGGGCUCAGCAAAUCAGAGAGGGCAAACACCACUUUUUAGUAGGCAAAGAUACUUCUACCACAACUAUCAGGGUUACAAGUACAGAUUAUUACUUCCUAAGUGAUGGUCUUUAUGUACCCGAAGACCAGCUAGAGAACCAAAAACCUUUACAAUUGGAUGUAAUUAUGGUAAAACCUUAUAAACUCUGUAACAAUCAAGAAAAUGAUGCAGUGUCUUCUGCUAAGAAGCCAAAGCUAGCACUGGAAGAUUCGGAAAACACUGCCUCUACUAACUGUGACUCUUAUUCAGAAGGACUGAAAAAGGACACAGUGACACAGAGAAGUGGCCAAACUUGCCUAGAACCAUCAUGUUCACGUUCUUCUGAAAGUCAGGGGUGCCAGACCACAGUCAACACUGGGGAAAUUCUGGAAAUUUUGAAGAAAGGAGAUGCAUUUGUAUUAGAUAUUGAUUUGGAUUUUUUUUCAGUCAAGAAUCCCUUUAAAGAAAUGUUCACGCAGGAGGAGUAUAAUAUCUUGCAAAAGCUGUAUCAAUUUAAAAAGCCUGGAGCGAACCUAACAGAGGAAGAGUUGGUAGAUAUUGUUGAUACUCGAAUUCAUCAAUUAGAAGAUUUAGAAGCUACUUUUGCUGAUUUAUGUGAUGCUGAUGAUGAAGAAACUGUUCAGAGAUGGGCUUCAAACCCUGGUUUGUUAGGUAAAUUGGUUCACCAGGCUGGUCUAACCUGUGAUUAUUCAGAACUUCCUCACCAUAUCAGCACAGAACAAGAAAUAGAGUAUCUUAUUCAGUCUGUGUAUUAUUUACUAAAAAAUUUACCAAAACCUACUCUUGUGACAAUCGCAAGGUCAAGUAUGGAUGAUUACUGUCCUCCUGAGCAAGUUGAUGCCAUUCAAGAAAAGGUCCUUAGUGUGUUACACUCCCUCUAUGGGACUCUAGACAUUCACCUGGUAUAUUCAGAAUCUUCUCCAUCUUGAAACAAACAAAACCAUAAAGUUUUAUUACAUAUUGGUAUAGUAAAGUUUUCAUUAACUUAUUUGUAAAUGCAUCUUACAGAGAACACUGUUUUAUGUUAACUUUCAGUUGAAAUCUUCCAGGUAUUUUGAAUCUCCAAACAAAUAUCAUCAGUUGUUGAAUGAUGACAGUUUUUUUGUCAUCAAGUCUACCCCAAUUGAUGGAACUGUUGCUUAUUUUUCUUCCCUUUCAUCAAUCUUUUUUGGUGAGGAUUUUUUUUUUUUUCCUUUUUUCACCCUAGUUCGACUACAUUUAUUGGUUCAGUCAACCAACUGAUAUUUAUUGAACACUUACAUGUGCCAGACAUUAUUAAGUACUGAGUGUAUGGCAAUGAACAGAAUAGACAAGGUUCCUGCCCUCUUGGGGGAAA